GAGGACACCGCAGCUCUUUUUGGACUCAUCUGCCGGACCGAGUCCAGCCGGGAGUCUCUCCACGUCCUUCCUGCAGAAGACACACCGAAGAGGAACCGCCUUAGGCAGCACCGAGCCCGGGAACAACUAUGAUGCUGCCCUUGUUGACCCUCCAGCUGGUGCUGGUGCCAGCUCUCCUGGUGGCCGGUGAGGACUACUGGGACUCCUGGGGCGCAUACGGACAAUGCAGUCGAACCUGUGGCGGUGGAGUGAUGAUCAGAAGCAGACGUUGCAUCACUCACAGGACCGAUGGAGGACACAACUGUGUGGGACCAGAGAAGGCUUAUCUCACAUGUAACACUGAGGACUGUCCAGAGGGAUCCAGGGAUUUCCGUGAGGAGCAGUGCUCGCAGUUUGAUGGGGAGGACUUUAAGGGGACCCGGUACACCUGGUUGCCUUAUUAUGGAGGCGAGAACCCCUGUGAGCUUAACUGCAUGCCAAAGGGAGAGAACUUCUUCUACCGCCACAAGGCCACCGUGGUGGACGGAACUCUGUGUCACCCUGGCCGCAGAGAUAUUUGCGUGGAAGGAGUGUGCAAGCGUAUGGGCUGUGAUGACAGGUUGGAGUCUCGGCAGCAGGAGGACCCCUGCCUGCAGUGCGGGGGCAACGGACAGUCCUGCUCCCUGGUUAAGAGGACCUUCUCCGCGCAGUACCUGAGCCACGGCUACAACCAGAUGUUCACCAUCCCUGCUGGAGCCACCUCCAUCAGCAUCAGGGAGACCCUGCCCACACGCAACUACUUUGCCCUAAAGAACCUGCGAGGAGAAUACUACCUGAACGGCCACUGGUCCAUUGAGUCGUCCCGGGCAACCAACAUCGCCGGCACCGUGCUUUACUACCAGCGAGCUGCUGAGGGCGACUCUCACACUCCUGAAACCAUCAUCGGCCGUGGACCCACCACGGAACCUCUCAUUGUGGAGCUAAUCAGCCAGGAGCACAACCAAGGAGUCCAGUACGAAUUCUACGUUCCUGUGGGACGCCCCAGAGAGGGAUACACCUGGAGUUUCGGCUCGUGGUCCGCCUGCAGCAGCGAGUGUGGAUCAGGCUACCAGUCUCGAACUGUUUACUGUACCAUGGACAACGAGGCCUCCCCCGACUAUCUUUGCGCCUCCAUGGCCCGGCCCGAGAGCAACAGGACCUGCAACGUUCAAGCCUGCCCAUCCACCUACAGUUGGAAAACCGGCCAAUGGAACGCCUGCUCUGUCGGUUGCGGCGGCGGAUCCCAGGUGCGCAGCGUCCACUGCAGCUACCACGAUGGAUCUGCCCCCCGCACCGUCCAGGACGCCUACUGCGCCCGGUACUCCCAGGCCCCGGCCGCCGCACAAAACUGCAACAUGCACCGGUGUGAUGAUUAUCAUGCGUCGAGAGUGAACAAGAUCAGCUGGCACGUCAGCGAGUGGGGCCUGUGCUCCAGGAGCUGCGGCGGAGGUUCACGAGAACGUCAGGUGGCCUGCUCGGACCGUGAGGGCAACCGCUACCCUGCCAAGCGAUGCCACCCCCAGGCUCUGCCGGCUGCUGUGGAGAACUGCAACAACCAGCCUUGCUACCUCCCACAGGCCGUGUCCAGCUAUGACAACCGCAGAGGAUACCAAAGCCCCCGCACUGGCCUCCAUCCUUACAAGCUGGAGCACGGCGGUGACCAUAAUAAGGCACGCCACUGCAGCGAGUCCUAUUACGGCUGCUGCCCCGACGGCGUGACCGAGGCUCUGGGCUACAACCAUCAUGGCUGCAACCAACCUGCUCUCAUUACCUACCUGCCCUCUGAGAACGCCGUGGAGUGCCGCACCACCACCUACGGGUGCUGCUUUGACCGCGCCGCACCCGCUGCCGGCCCCAACGGAGAGGGCUGCCGCGACCCCCCCACUCCCUACGAGCGCUCCAUCUGCUCGCUGCCAAAAGCCGCCGGUUCUUGCGCCAGCUGGAGCGCACGCUACUUCUACGACGCCCUCACCUCAAAGUGUACCCAGUUCUGGUAUGGAAGUUGCCAUGGAAACAGCAACAACUUUGUGACGGAGGCCGAAUGCCAGAAGGUGUGCGGAAACGGCUACAAUGGAAACGGUGGCAAUAGAAAUGGCGAAAACGGAAAUGGCCGCUCCAACGGAAACGGCUACAACGGUAAUGGUGGCAAUGGAAAUGGAAAUGGUGAAAACGGAAAUGGCCGCUCCAACGGAAACGGCUACAACGGUAAUGGUGGCAAUGGAAACGGACGUGCAAACGGAAACGGACGUGCAAACGGCAACGGUUACAACGGUAAUGGUGGUAACGGAAAUGGUGACAAUGGAAAUGGCCGCUCCAAUGGUAAUAGUUACAACGGUAACGGUGAGCGGGCCAAUGGGAACGGUUACAAUGGAAAUGGUGGCAAUGGAAAUGGUGGAAAUGGAAACGGCUACAAUGGAAAUGGUGGCAAUGGAAAUGGUGGGAAUGGAAACGGCUACAAUGGAAACGGUGGCAAUGGAAAUAGUCGCUCCAAUGGAAAUGGUGGCAACGGAAAUGGCCACAAUGGAAAUGGCAACGGGAAUGGCCACAGUGGAAACGGCCGCAAUGGAAACGGAAAUGGUGACAAUGGAAAGGCCAACGGAAACGGCUACAAUGGAAAUGGAAACGGCCAAAAUGGAAAUGGUGGCAACGGAAAUGGCCGCACUGUAAACGGAAAUGGACACAAUGGAAAUGGAAACGGUGGCAAUGGAAACGGCAACGGAAACGGCCAUAAUGGAAACGGAAAUGGUGGCAAUGGAAACGGCCAAAAUGGAAACGGCAACGGAAAUGGCCACAAUGGAAACGGAAAUGGCGACAAUGGAAACGGCGGCAAUGGAAACGGCCGCAACGGAAACGACUACAAUGAAAAUGGCAACGGCCGCAAUGGAAACGGCAACGGGAAUGGCUACAAUGGAAAUGGCAACGGAAACGGCCGCAAUGGAAACGGAAACGGCCGCAGUGGCAACGGAAAUGGCUACAAUGGAAACGGUCAAAAUGGAAACGGCAACGGAAAUGGUCACAAUGGAAACGGAAACGGCGACAAUGGAAAUGGAAACGGAAACGGUGAGCGCUCUAAUGGAAACGGCCACAAUGGAAACGGUGGCAACGGAAACGGCUACAAUGGAAACGGAAACGGCUACAACGGAAACGGUGAGCGCUCUCAUGGAAACGGCCACAACGGAAAUGGGCACAACGGAAACGGCGAGGGCUCCAACGGAUACGGUGGCAGUGGCAACGGUCGCAACGGAAACGGCGAGCGCUCCAACGGAAACGGCAGAGCAGCUGCAAGCGCGGCCAGAAACGCCCACAAGGCCAGACUCUACCUGAAAGUGAAAAAGCCUUACUACGUCACUGCUGCUCACCACCGCCUGGUAGGGAGUUUGACACUCGCCCCCGUCACCAUCGACAAGUCGGACCCGGCCUCCGUGGAGGCUCUGGUGGGGCAAACGGUGGUGCUGCCCUGCAGAGUCAAGCCGCCGUCAUCGUCGUCCAGCGUGCUGGUGGAAUGGAGGAGGGAUGGCGCUGCACUGUCUUCCCGCAGACAUCAGCAGCAGCCCAACGGAUCGCUACUGCUCGGGCCUCUCAACAAGUCCGACUCGGGCUGGUUCUUGUGCGUGGCCACCAGGGAGCGGGAGCGGGACCACCGCUACGUUUACCUCUCUGUCUCAGGCUCGUCUGAGGCGCUUCCCACCUCCCUGCCCACAGACGCCCCUUCCCCAAGCUUCAGCAUCGAGCGGUCGUCCUCAUCAUCGCUGGAGACGCGAGCGGGCCAAGCGGCCAGACUGCCUUGCGGCAUCGUCCCCGCCUCUGCUCUCAAGUCCGUCAGCAUUGAAUGGACGCGAGACGGACGCACCUUGAGCGACUCCAGAAGGUUCACCCACCAGUCAGACGGCGCCCUCCUCAUUGAGCCAAUCAGGAUGGAGGACGCUGGCGUGUACACCUGCACCGCCUCCACACACCAUCAGCUGGAACAGAGACGUGUACAACUCAGAGUUCAAGCUGACCUGCGAAUCAUCACAGCUCCUACCAACGUCCAGGUCCUUGAAGGCAGCACAGCACAGCUGCCCUGCGUGGUGUCAGGAGACAACGUCAGCAUCGGGUGGUCCAGAAACGGCGUUCCGGUGCGUCCGGACGGGCGCAACGUCCAGGUGUCGUCUGACGGCAGCCUGAUCCUGAAUAACGUACACGUGUCGGACGAAGGCACCUACACGUGCAACGCCUAUACCGGCAUCUACUCUGUGAGCGCCUCGGCCGAUAUAAAGGUCGCUAAAGACACGCAAGCAGGCGUAGAGACGGUCUCAGAGUGCGUGGACCAGCCCCAUCUGGCCAACUGCCAACUGGUCGUCUACACCCGCCUUUGCUCCAAUGAGUACUACGCCGGCUUCUGCUGCGCCAGCUGUGCUCGCCAGACGCAGAGCAACGACAGGUUUGGUCCCCUGGGCUGACGCUUGUACUGGUAUAUAUUUGUAUAUUUUAUAUCCUCUUAUACAUCGCUAACCUCCACUAGUGGGACCCGGCAGCACAGCCCAAUUUAGGUUAUAAGGUUUCACAUCGAAUGAUUUGUUGUCACUGGCCACUUGGGGGUGCCCUUCAGCAAACAUGGCUCCCUACCGUCCCUGUACACCAGGGGUCUCAAACUCAAUUUACCUGGGGGCCACUGGAGCUAGGGUCUGGGCAAGGCUGGGCCGCAUCAGGUUUUCCAAAAAAAAAAAAAAAAACGCAUAUAUUAAAAACAGAAAAAUAUACAAACUUUUUCAGUGCUUUGGUUCCGAUUUUCUACAAUAAAAGCUCUGAUAAAACAUUCCACUGUUCUCAAAUAUCUUAAUUUUUAUUUUUCUGCACAAAAUAAG